AUGUCAAAAGUCUUUAUCACGCUCUCCAUCUUCGCUGAUAUCUUUCAUCGGAUGGGAUACAUCGGUCUCGCCGCCACAUUCUGUCACUGUGGUUGGCAUGAACCUACCCCACGUGAUGCGCUCAGCACGGUUCCGGGCCACGUGUGUCAGAAUAAGUUCCGCCCUGAACUUGAACAUGCACCACGUCCCAGCCCACUGCUUUUCAUUGCUGGGCACACGCUGUUGCAGGUCGACAAGCAUCGGCCGUCAGUGAACCUCUCCGAGCUACGACCGUGGAUGAGUACCACGUUGCCUUCGGCAGUGAACUUCGCCACGACGAGCUUUCGCGCAGGCGAGUCUUCAGCGUUGCCCUCGGGCGACAAGGGCCCUUCCGUAUUCCUCUGCAAACACGUCUCUUGUGGCAAGAGUUUUCACACCGAAGAGGAGAGGAGAACACACGAAAAAGGGCACGUAGUCAAUGAAAAGGGCGAGCUCCGCUGUCCCCAUCGUGGAUGUCCCUAUGCUAGCGCCAGUGAGAGCAAAGUCCUUGUGCAUGUAAAUUCAUUCCAUCGCGACCUAGCGGGCAACCGGUGUCAACAGCCCGGAUGCGAUUACAUCGCCCAAAACCCUCGCUCGCUUGCUGCGCACGUCCGCUCUCUACACGGUGUCGCCGCUUCUCCUCGAAAAACUCCUACUCCGAGUCCCUUCAAGAAAAGCCCUACAAAGGCGAAGGCAAAGCGCAUCAUUCAGCUGCGCAGCAUUCAGCCGAUAUCCUGGCCGUUGCCUGGACCUGCGUCUCCCAGGACACCGCUGCCAAAAGUACCCGAGGACAACCCUUUUGUUAUUGCCGAGACCUCUGCGUUGAAUCCAUCUGAGAAUGGGAGGGUCAGCAAAGUAUCCGCGGGGGUGGUCGAAAGCGAUGCGUUUUCCUACACCCCGCCCGCAAAGUCGCCUACAACGCCUCAUAGUAGUCGGAGGCAUAGCUUUUAUCUUGCCCCGCUUGGAGAGGAGGAGGAAGAGGAGGAGUAAGAGCAAGCUCAAACUAACUCAUGACUGAGCGCUCAUGCUUGCGCUGUGAUCAUUCACGAUUGACUUGGAUAACCACGAAUUACGAUAAUGACUCUGCAGUAAUAUUUGCAUCGUUACCUUCCUUCAUCGUCUCCGGUACUGAUUCAGGAGGAGUUACACUUCAAUUGAGUCUUUCAUGCUC